CUCCAGUGCGGUGCUGAUGCUGUCUCUUCUAUUCCACGGUUGCAGGUGGAACGGCUGGGCUGGCUCAUUUCGCAUCUGCUAGCUGGAGAAGAAAAAACUGCAUUCUGAUCUGCUUCAUGCACUGGAUAACAAAAUAAGCGGCACGUCCAGGAAUAUUACACCGUUGAAGUCUGGAGAGUUAUCGGGAAGGAUUUCAGAAAGACACAAAUCCAUGACUGUGGGGACAAUGAGGGGACCCAGGCCAGCCUAAGCUGUGGUGGACCAACCAGAGGCUUCAGGAGAGGAAGGGGAUAAUGCCAUUGGAGUCAUGAACAUACCCUGCUGUCCAUGUAACACCAGACAGCUCUGACACACUCCUCCUCAGUGCUCUCUCUACCUCCCCUUUUCCCCCCUUUCCCCAAAACAGAAUCUCUGAACACGUAUAGACUGACAGUAUCUCUUGCCACAAAAUUGACUUAGUUUUCCUAAAAAGCUAUAUCUGGAUUCCAAGGACUGGGAUUUCUAUUUGGAAUAAGGAGUUUAGUUGAGGACGGAACAUUGUGUGUAAAAUUAUCGGAAUUCCCCCUGCCAGUCCACCAUUCUCGUUUUUCCCUGUGAGUCCCAGAGGCACCAACCAAUGGAGAGACGGAGAAGAGAGACCGGAUAAAACAGCAGAGAAAUAGAGCAAAUCCAGUUAGAACUGCUGAAUUGGCAGGGUUGGAAUCUGGAAUUGGGUCCUGUGAGGGUUUUGCUUCUCCCACACUUUUCCCAGCCUAGAGAACUCUCCUUAGCGAGUACCAGACAUAACAACCAUUAUUUACACUUAAAAAAAAAAAAAAAAAAACGACAACAACAGCUGCAACUACGCUAGGCCGAGCUACGUCCCUGUGUGGAGGAUUUGAACCAAUAGGAAGACGAUCGGGAUUUAGGAUUGGGAUCACAACCAUGACGAGGGGGUUGAGGUUUCCCGCGUGGCCCCUGGCGUUCCUCAGUCUGCUGGUGACGACCCGGGCACUGGAGUUCGGCGGGGCCCCCGGCCAGUGGGCCCGCUACGGGCGUUGGGAGGCAGGCUCGGUGGGCGAGCUGAGCUUCAGUCUGAAGACCAAUAUCAGCAAGGCCCUGGUGCUCUACCUGGACGACGGCGGAAACUGCGACUUCAUGGAGCUGCUGAUCGCCGGCGGGCGCCUCCAGCUGCGCUUCGCCAUCCACUGCGCUGAACCCGCCACCUUACACAUGGAAACCCGGGUCAACGACGACCGCUGGCACAUGGUGCUCCUCACACGCAACUUCCGCGAGACCCUGCUCAUGGUGGACGGCGAGACCAAGGUGGCGGAGGUCAAGUCCAAGCGGAAGGAGAUGGCGGUGGUCAGUGACCUGUUUGUGGGCGGCAUCCCGCCCGACGUGCGCCUCUCAGCCCUUACGUCCAGCACGGUGAAGUACGAGCCCCCAUUCCUGGGCCUGAUCUCCAACCUGAAGGUGGGUGAGAUGCCCCCUACCCUGCUCAACAGCCAGGGCAUCCAGAGUGACCUGGAGUAUCUGUGCACCAAGCAGAACCCCUGCUUCAACGGAGGCUUCUGCUCCAUCCAGUAUGGCGAGGUGCACUGUGACUGCACACACACCCGCUACAAGGGAAAGUACUGCAAGGAAGCAGAAGAGUAUGCCGUCGAAGGUCUGGCGCACCUGACGUUAAGCAACCAAGGUGACUCAUCGCAGGGCGGGAAGGAAGAGUCGGUGGCCACCUUCAAGGGGAACGAGUUCUUCUGCUACGACCUGUCGCUGACGCCCAUCCAGAGCAGCACGGACGAGAUCACGCUCUCCUUCCGCACGCUGCAGCGCAACGGCCUCAUGCUGCACACGGGCAAGUCGGCCGACUACGUCAACCUGUCGCUGAAGAGCGGCGCCGUGUGGCUGGUCAUCAACUUGGGCUCGGGCGCUUUCGAGGCACUGGUGGAGCCCGUCAACGGGAAGUUCAACGACAACACCUGGCACGAUGUGCGCGUCACCCGCAACCUGCGUCAGCACGCAGGCAUUGGACACGCUAUGGUGACUAUAUCAGUGGAUGGUAUUCUGACCACUACUGGUUAUACCCAGGAGGACUAUACCAUGUUGGGCUCAGAUGACUUCUUCUACAUUGGGGGGAGUCCCAAUACUGCGGACCUGCCCGGAUCACCCGUCAGCAACAACUUCAUGGGCUGCCUUAAAGAUGUGGUGUAUAAGAAUAACGACUUCAAGCUAGAACUCUCCCGGCUGGCCAUCGAGCGGGACCCUAAGAUCAGCCUGAACGGAGACCUCGUCUUCCGCUGUGAGGACGUGGCCGCCCUGGACCCCGUCACCUUUGAGUCCCCCGAGUCCUUCAUCGCCCUGCCCAAGUGGAACACCAAGAAAACAGGCUCCAUCUCCUUCGACUUCCGCACCACAGAACCCAGCGGCCUGCUGCUGUUCAGCCACGGGCGACCCCAGGGUCCUAAAGAGCAGAAGCCGGGUCGAGACAUGAAGUCAGACUAUUUUGCUAUGGAGCUGCUGGACGGCUUCCUAUACCUACUCAUGGACAUGGGGUCGGGGAGUAUCAAGCUGAAGACCAGUAAUAAGAAGGUGAACGACGGGGAGUGGUGCCAUGUGGACUUCCAGAGGGAAGGGAGGAAAGGCUCCAUCUCGGUGAACAGCCGCAGCAUCCCCUUCAACUCCAACGAGGGCAGUGAGAUUCUGGACCUGGACAGCGACAUGUUCCUGGGGGGUCUCCCCGAGACCCGCUCUGACCUGGUGCUGCCCCCCGAGGUCUGGACCGCCUUGCUCAACUACGGCUACGUGGGCUGCGUCCGCGACCUCUUCAUCGACGGCAAGAGCCGCGACGUGCGCCGCCUGGCCGAGAUCCAGAGCUCCCCGGGCGUCAGCAGCUUCUGCACCCGCGAGCUUCAGAAGAGGUGCAGCAGCACCCCCUGUGGGAACGGAGGCCUGUGUAAAGAGGGAUGGAACCGCUACAUCUGCGACUGCACCGGCACCGGUUACCUGGGCAGCAACUGUGAACUCGAGGCAACGGUGCUGAGCUACGACGGCAGCAUGUACCUGAAGAUCAUCAUCCCGGGGACCAUGCACACCGAGGCAGAGGACGUGGCGCUGCGGUUCAUGUCCCAACGGGCAUUCGGUCUCCUCGUGGCCACCACCUCCAAAGAGUCCGCUGACACCCUGAGGCUAGAGUUGGACGGUGGCAGGGUCAAGCUGACUGUCAACCUAGAUUGUAUCAGGAUAGACUGUAACCUCAGUAAAGGACCUGAAACGCUCUUCGCUGGCCAGAAGCUCAACGACAACGAGUGGCACAUGGUGAAAGUGGUGCGCCGAGGAAAGAACUUCCAGCUAUCUGUGGACAACGUCACGGUGGAAGGCCAGAUGACGGGUGCCCACACGCGGCUGGAGUUCCACAACAUUGAGACUGGCAUCAUGACCGAGCGUCGCUUCAUCUCCGUGGUGCCCUCCAACUUCAUCGGUCACCUCCAGGGCCUGACAGUCAACGGCGUGCCCUACCUGGAUCAGUGCAAGAACGGUGACAUCUCCUACUGUGAACUCAACGCCCGCUUUGGCAUGCGCCACAUCAUCGCCGAUCCGGUGACGUUUCGAACGAAGGCAAGCUAUCUGGCGUUGGCUACUUUGCAGGCCUACGCCUCCAUGCACCUCUUCUUUCAGUUCAAGACCACCACGUCGGACGGCCUGCUGCUCUUCAACUCGGGGGACGGCAGCGACUUCAUCGUUGUGGAGCUGGUCAAAGGCUACGUCCAUUAUGUCUUUGACCUCGGCAACGGCCCGUCGCUGAUGAAGGGCAACUCGGACAAGCCGCUCAACGACAACCAGUGGCACAACGUGGUGGUCUCCCGGGACGCCAACAACGUGCACACGCUCAAGAUCGACUCCCGCACCGUCACCCAGCACUCCAAUGGAGCCCGCAACCUGGACCUCAAAGGGGAGCUGUACAUCGGUGGUGUGGGGAAGAGCAUGUACAACAGUCUGCCCAAGCUGAUCGCGUCCCGGGACGGGUACCAGGGCUGCCUGGCCUCGGUGGACCUCAACGGGAGACUGCCAGACCUGAUCGCAGAUGCCCUCCACAGGGUGGGCCAGGUGGAGCGAGGCUGCGACGGACCUAGCACCACCUGUACGGAGGACUCCUGCUACAAUCAGGGCGUGUGUCUCCAGCAGUGGGAGGGCUUCUCCUGCGACUGCACCAUGACGUCCUAUGGCGGCUCCUUCUGUAGCGACCCUGGGACAACCUACAUCUUCGGGAGAGGAGGAGCCCUCAUCACAUACACCUGGCCCCCCAACGACCGGCCGAGCACACGGGCAGACCGGCUGGCGGUGGGAUUCAGCACGCAGCUGAAGGAGGCCGUGCUGGUCAGGGUGGAAAGCGCAGAAGGACUGGGAGACUACCUGGAGCUGCACAUAGAACGAGGAAGGAUCGGCGUCAUCUUCAACGUGGGAACGGACGACAUCGCCAUCGAGGAGAGUGCAGUGGCGGUGAGCGACGGCAAAUACCACGUGGUGCGCUUCACACGCAGCGGCGGCAACGCUACCCUGCAGGUGGACAGCCAGCCCGUCAUCGAACGCUUCCCCACAGGGAACUUUGAUAAUGAACGCCUGGCUAUUGCUAGACAAAGAAUCCCAUACCGACUUGGUCGGGUAGUUGACGAGUGGCUACUCGACAAAGGUCGACAGUUGACCAUCUUCAACAGCCAGGCGUUCAUCAAGAUCGGUGGUGGUGGCGGCGAUAAGGCCCGUCACUUCCAGGGCCAGAUCUCGGGCCUCUACUACAACGGGCUGCAGGUGCUCAAGCUGGCGGCCGAGGGCGACCCCAACGUGCAGGCCAAGGGCAACCUGCGGCUGGUGGGCGACGUGCCCUCGGUGCUCACCACGGACACCACCAGCACCACGCCGCUGGCCGACAUGUCCACCACCAUCAUGGAGACAACCACGACCAUGGCUACCACCACCACCCGCAAGCAGCGUUCACCCACCAUGAGGGACAGUGUCACACAGAACACGGAUGAUCUGUUGGUAGCAUCUGCUGAGUGUCCCAGCGAUGACGAGGACUUGGAGGAGUGCGAGCCUGGAAAUGACCCCACCUCCCCAGAGAGAGGAGGGCCUCCCGGCGCAGUGGAGGUAAUCAGGGAGUCCAGCAGCACCACGGGCAUGGUGGUAGGCAUCGUGGCGGCCGCUGCCCUCUGCAUCCUCAUCCUGCUCUACGCCAUGUAUAAGUACCGUAACCGGGACGAGGGAUCCUACCAGGUAGACCAGAGCCGAAACUACAUCAGUAACUCGGCCACGCAGAGCAACGGCACCCUGGUGAAGGAGAAACAGCCGGGCACAGCCAAGACAACCACCAAGAACAAGAAGAACAAAGACAAGGAGUACUACGUCUGAGACCGGCCUAGCCAGAAACAGAGGACAAAAGGUGACGCACAGAGAAAGAGGAAGGGAGGGGGAGAGAGGAGAUGGGAGAGAUGGAGGUAGAGGAAGGAGAAAGGUAAGGCAGUAUAUGAAGUGACAAUUAGCAAAAUCUUUGUGGGCAGAGUUUCAAUUAUUUUAGUAUAUAGGUUACAUUGCCGCCAAAAUGACCUCCUCGCUUUCCUCCUCAACCCAUUUAGAGCCUAAAGCAAAGGGAGAAAGAAUGGGAUUGGCACAGAAACGUUUUAAACGUCUUAAUCAGAUCGACACAUAGUCCUAUUCUUUCCACAACUAUUCGAAAUAUUCUUGCUAUUUUUCCUCAAUACAGUAAUAUUCUUUCUCACUUAGCCUCAUAACAUUUUCUUUGAGAAUACAAACAGACAAAGUCUUGACUACAAUGGCCGCCAAACCUCGCUCAAUACAAUAUAAUUUUGUGCCAACAGCCAUACCCAGAGCUCAUGCUACAACGAAACUAGGUAAUCCAGCACCAUUUAAAGGGUAUUAUAUUGUAUAUAGCCUACAAUCAGAGUUAAGCAUGGUGAUUGACUAUAGAGAGACACAGGGAAGGAAGAACCACCAUCAGUGUUUGAGGUUAAGUGUCUGGUUUAAUUAGCUAAAAAGCUAACAUAUUAAAUCAUAAAUGUAUUGAUUCUAUCUACUCGAUGGGUUUGUAUUGGAAGUUCAAACCCCACUGCUAGCCAAGUACAGUAAUACCAAAAUACUGCCAAACAUACAGAAACUAGGUGUCAAAUCUGCCUCCUUCCCUCAUCUAAGUAUUCAAACAUCACCUCACUUGUCUCUCGUGAAGUCUCUCCUCUUUCUCUCCCUCCUUCUCUCGCUCGUGAGCAUCUUUUUCUGUCCCUGUCUAUGGUCCUGAGGAGCUGAUGCAACAUUAUUCUGCUAUGUUUCAAGCAUGUAGUAGUCAUUUCCGAAGAAACUUUCUGUGGGGAAAACACACAAAAAAUGACGAUGAUAACUAGCAAACCCCGUGUGAGGACAACACCUUGAAGCAACCAGCGGAUGCUACGUAUUACGUUUUAGCCGCCAAAACAACUACUGAGGCCAAAACCCUGGGUCGUCUUUCAGUUCUCCAGCAGAUAUCCGUAAUGUGUUUUGUCUUGGGGGCUCCACACAGCAUUUCCCCCUACUGAGCCCACUACCGCAGAGGAUGUGGGCUCACGUCGUUACAGUCCUAUCACACACGAACCAGAAACCAACCUCCAGCAGACAACCUGACUUUGUUCUAUAUAAAUAUAUAUAUGUAUAGACGUUCAGAGAGAAAAAACCGCUAUGGACCUAACUGAGAGUGUGUCAUAAGAGUAGAAAUGCACCCUAGUGCGCGUGCAUCAGUGGACUCGGUGAUAGAUAACGAAGAUGAUGGACAAUUGAUACUUGACGUGUGACCGAUAUCCCCCACCAAUCCCCUUAAUCAUGCACACUAUGAGCAACAUUCAACGACAGUGGGAAACGCAGUCCCACUAAAGGUGGAGAUUAAAAGGAAGAGAAGAAGUGUUUUUUUGUUUGCUGUUUUUGUUUUUUAGUUUCUUUCCCUGAAAAAUGAGAGACAUUUGAUGGAAAUUGUGAAUUAAUUUGCUGGAGUCCCACUGUCGCCCCUUAGUGUUGGGGGGGAAAGCGUACGCUACCUUGGAUCUGCGUUCUUGCCUCUCAUUGGUCAAGACUGAUGACAGCCAAUGAGGGCAAGCCCAGUGAAAAACGUCAAAUGGAAAAAAAACACAGAACAAGGCGAACAGCAAGUUCACUUGCUGAUGUACAACAAGAACUCUAGUAUUCCAAUUUUCUCAACUCUAUUAAAAAAGAAAACUGUACCAUGAAAAGAAAAGAAAAACCUUUAAAAAAAGUUUGUGAAAUGUCUAAAUAUUUGAAUCUCUCAUCCCAUUACUAAGAAAAUGUGUUUUCCCUAUUACCAUUCCUGUUCGGAGAAAAAAAUAUGACAAAGAUAAUCAAUUCUGGGAAAUUUAAAAUGUAUAUGUUAUUUUUUGGUAAUUAAGCAAAUGUGAUUUGGGUUACAAACAUUAAACCUCUCCUCCAUCCCUCCUACUGCCAUUUCAAUCCAUUCUUGUCCCACGUUCAUCCCUUCAUCUCUCCAUACCUCAUCCCCUUUUCUCACAAUGGCAGAUUGUAGGUAACCACUUAACUGAAGACCGCACAUGGUCUCAUCCAUCCUCUCUUUUCUAUUGUUUUAUAUCUCUCUGUAACUGCUAGAGCCAAAAUGGCCGCCAUCUCUGGAGAAUGGCUCCAUCCCACCCAUCCUUUUUCCUCAUUCGGUUUGUCCGGUUUCUCUUUCAAUCCAUUGCAAAAAGAACCAUCCUCCUCCCAGUAUCUUCCUGUUCUUUCUAAAUGUUAUUGUAAAGUGUUCCAGUGAGAUUACUCUAAAUAUGUGUACAUUAACAGAGGGGAAUACACUUGGUUAUAUACUUCUUCUA